AUGCACCGUCUCAUCCACUCACCCUCACCAGACAUCAACCAACACACGAACUCACCACCUUACACCAGACACCUACCACCACACGAACUCACCACCUUACACCAGACACCUACCACCACACGAACUCACCAACUUACACCAGACACCUUCCAAUACACGAACUCACCACCUUACACCAGACACCUUCCAACACACGAAGUCACCACCUUACACCAGACACCUUCCAAUGCACGAAAUCACCACCUUACACCAGACACCUACCAACACACGAACUCACCACCUUACACCAGACACCUACCAACACACGAACUCACCACCUUACACCAGACACCUUCCACCACACGAACUCACCAACUUACACCAGACACCUUCCAACACACGAACUCACCACCUUACACCAGUCACCUACCACCACACGAACCUACCAACUUUCACCAUACACCUACCACCACACGAACUCACCACCUUACACCAGACACCUAUCAACACACAAACUCACUACCUUACACCAGACACCUACAAACACACGAACUCACCACCUUACACCAGACACCUACCACCACACGAACUCACCACCUUACACCAGACACAUACCACCACACGAACUCACCACCUUACACCAGACACCUACCACCACACGAACUCAACAACUUACACCAGACACCUACCACCAUACGAACUCACCACCUUACACCAGACACCUUCCAACACACGAAGUCACCACCUUACACCAGACACCUACCACCACAUGAACUCACCAACUUACACCAGACACCUUCCAACACACGAACUCACCACCUUACAUCAGACACCUACCACCACACGAACUCACCAACUUACACCAGACACCUACCACCACACAAACUCACUACCUUACACCAGACACCUACAAACACCCGAACUCACCACCUUACACCAGACACCUACCACCACACGAACUCACCACCUUACAUCAGACACCUACCAACACACAAACUCACUACCUUACACCAGACACCUAACAACACACGAACUCACCACCUUACACCAGACACCUACCACCACACGAACUCACCACCUUACACCAGACACCUACCAACACACGAACUCACCACCAUACACCAGACACCUACCAAAUACACGGAUCCAUAUCCACUCACACCAGACCACGAAGCACCACACGUUAACUCACAAUUUCAAAAUCCUGACACCAGACUUCCGCCUGUAUCACAACAGUAG